AUGACAAGCGUUAAUGCAAAUGGAGCCGAUUCGACAUCGUCGAUUUUUGACGAUGAAUUAAUUUUUAGCAUUACCUCCCAUUCGACGACUUCGUUGGCCAUGCAUCCUAUGAAUUUAACGCCAUGCAGUGGAUUAUCCCGAUUAAGUAUCGGAUCGCAGUCGAAUACGCAUUCUCGUACAAGGCACAUGUCGUACCAGCGUCCCAGAGUGAGCUUCAACGAUCGACUUAUGAAAGCUAUACGAGAAGAAGCGCCCGACCAUCCUAAUUUGACAAUGGUCUUGGGUCAGGAUAAAAUCAGUUUCGAUCAAUUCGAUAGCUUUAAGGAAGAUGAAUCGCCUAUCUCCCAGCCAGAAAUGGAGGAAGAAUCUGAUGAGGAAGAUAUUCGCAGCUUUUCAUCCGGUCCAAUGUCCCUUUCUCCCGAUCGUUUCUGGACACGCGGUUCACUAUUCGAUGACCAGCACAAUACCGAUGAUAUUGACGGGCUAAACGAGUCUUCCAAAUCUCAUACUAUGGAGCUAUCUCCCAAAGAUAUUUUCGACGACAGCGAAACCAGCAACAGCUCUCAGCCCACUUCCGUAGACUCACAUUACGAUCCCAGUCGUUCAUGGAUCACGCAAAUAUACGAAGACAGCAGUAGUGAUUCGGAAGAGAUGAUCCCAAGUAAAGAACAGGAAAAUAAGGAGAACAUUGAAGCAGAUAACAAUGACGAUGAUGGCGCAGAUGAGGAAAAUCGGCCGCCACGAGUAUUUGGAAAAAGAGAACAUCGAGCGAGUCCUGUAAGAAUUCGAUACACCAAACGACAUGCCAAUCGAACUUGUCCACCCACCAGCAGCACGACGGAACGUGAUCCUUUACAAGAAUUACCGAUUGAAGAAUACAUCUCUGACGAAGCGAAACGGGAAGAAAGUCCACGAAAGAAAUUAUUCAUUGAGAAAGGCGGACAAAUCACGGCGGCCCCACAAAAGAUCCGGUUCAUGCGUUCGUUGUCUCCCACUCGCAAAGGGAAAGAGCAAGCACAGUCCAGCACCUAA